UAUGUGGAUCCCUUUAAUAAUAUUAACGCGCGUUGUAUGGCAACACAAUGGUAAACGUUCUUUACGUCAACUUUUAUGGUGACAGAGGAAGGGAUUUUUUGAAGAUUCCAAAAUGGGUAAGGUUAAGUGCUCAGAACUGCGUACGAAGGACAAGAAGGAGCUCUUCAAACAACUGGAAGAGCUGAAGACUGAGUUAACAAAUCUCAGAGUAGCUAAAGUCACCGGUGGAGCAGCUUCCAAGCUGUCUAAAAUUCGAGUGGUAAGGAAAGCCAUUGCCCGGGUAUACAUUGUAUACCACCAGAAGAUGAAGGUUAACCUGCGUAACCACUACAAGAACAAGAAGUACAAGCCCCUAGACCUGAGGCCCAAGAAGACCCGUGCUAUGCGCAAGGCCCUCACAAAGCAUGAAGCCAAGAUCAAGACCAGAAAAGAGAUCAGAAAGAAGUCUCUCUUCCCCCCAAGGGUUUAUGCUGUUAAGGCUUAAUAAAAUCACUUAAAUAUU